CCACCCCGAGGAACAAGACGAUAAAUCGAAAUCCUCUGCUACAGUAGAAAUUUCAUCAGAAAGAGAACCUUCAGAGGAGGACCAGAAGAACGCACCAUCCGAACAAGCGUUUCCGGCUUUGGAAGCCGCGUCUAAACCGUCCAAAAAGAAGAACAAGGACGGUGGAGGUGGAGCUCCGGGUGCGCGAACUCUGAGGACCCCUUCCUCGACGUCAUUCGACAAAGCAAAUCAUUCGACAAAGCAAGGCUUCUCGUGGUCUGAACGGUUGCAGCACAGCAUUGUGGGCCCCCAAGGUGGGGGCAGUGCUAACGCUGACAAGCCGAAAGGGGAGCAGCAGACGGGGAAGAACGGGGAGAUGAAAAAGUCCGGCGGCACUAGCCCACCGGGCGCAGCGACAGAGAAGAGUAGUGGGAAGCAGCAGACAAGCAGUGGCAUUGCAGAUGGCAGCGCUAGUACAGAAGGAGACAAACCGCCGGGAAAAACUUUUACUACGAAAAAUGGGAUCGAGAAGAUGAGCGGGGCUUUGACAGCCGUUCCUUCCUCGUCCCCCACUCCGAUUGCUGCUCGUCCUCCAGAACGGGCUGGCACCAACGCGUUGUACACAAAACGCACCGAGCAAUUGCGCGCGAAAGCCCGUGCGGGUGUGGUCCACGCUGGGGGGCUCGUGCCGGGGAUGGUCUCUACCGUGCCGAUGGACCACAUAAUUCCAAGCGGCGUUGCACACGACUUCCACGGAGAUGAUGCCUCACCUUUAUCCGCUGGCAUUGUAGAGGACUUCGCAAAUGGAAAUACAGCAUCAAACAUCGGUUUCGGCACUAGUGCCACCCCCGGGGGCCAGGCCUUUUACAGUCAAGUGUCGCCCGAUCGCCAUGGAGUUGCCCUGCCUUUCGGUGAGGAGGGCUCAUUGGAGGCCCGGCAGGGGGUUGCGGCCACGCCGGCAACCAAUAAAGUGGACAUCCUGGUCGAGAAUUUUAGAGCAGGGUCAGUUUGCCAGCUUCCACACGCUAUUUCCGGCAGUACGGCCGUGUAUUCAAGUAGCUCCCGGUGCAGCACACCUAGGUUGGUGGAGAAGGCCAUUCUUUUACCAGAGAGCGAAGAACAGGAGGAGAAGAAUUGCGGCGGGAUUCGUCUGGAUGAUCAAGUUGGUGAGAUCGAAAAUGACCGGAAAAAGAGCUGGGACAAGAUGAACCUGAAAAAGAACAAGGGAUCUGUUGAAAAAUCUGUUGCGGCGGUGAACAAAGACACCAGUGUUGGUCGUUUAGAAGCUGCGGAUGAUGAUGUUCACGGCGAGAAGAAAAACCGGAGGCGGGAGAUCAUUGCUGAUCCUCCGUAUCGUGACGGUGUUGAAGGAGAGAAGAUGGAGCUGGAUUCGCAGCCCGAGGCCGAGCCA